UUGGUGCUGUCAUAAAUAGAAGUGAAUGCGCUGUGAUUACGGCUCCAGUGUUCUUGGAUUUAUGAUGGUGAUCGCUUUACUUGAGAGCACAGUGAGGUGGAAGUUGGCACUCUGCUCUUGCUGAAUGCGCCACACACUCGCACACAGACGCAGCAGUAGCAGCAGCAGCAGCAGCGGCGGCAGCAGUAGCAGUGCUUUUCCAGCUGGCUGUGUGUGUGCGCUGAGACGCACAGGCGCAACGCAAGCAUCCUGCUGCUCGGAGUUGGAGGACACUCACCUCUGCGCUGAUCUGCUGUCUUUUGGUAUUGGAGGGUGAAAAGAAACCGUUUAACGAGAACUAGGAAGAGGAAAGGCUCUACGUUUUGUCAAAAAAAAAAUAAAAAAGUCAGAAAAACUGACCCUGAUUCGGGACGGGACACUUUUGAGAGGAAGAUUUUUUCAGGAGCUGGAUCCGUUUCUCUUCCCUGCAGUGGAGCGCACGCUGCCGCGUCCUUUCGAUGGAUUUCAGAAGAGUGGAAUAAAAGUUGCUUUUCUUUCGCACGUUUCUUUCGAAUAAGGUUGUAUUGUUGUCACGGAGACGAUGAUGCUUACACUACUCUAUGUCCUUCUCUCUUACUUGGAUGUGUUUUCUUACGCGGAGGAGAGUCUGCGCGCCGGAGCCAACCGGUUGGACUGUGUGAGAGCCAGCGAGCUGUGUCUGAAGGAGCAGGCGUGCAGCACCAAGUACCGCACGAUGAGACAAUGCGUAGCCGGUGGCAAAGAGAGCAACUUCAGCAUGUUGGCCGGACUGGAGGCCAAAGACGAGUGCCGGAGCGCCAUGGACGCGCUCAAACAGAGCCCGCUGUACCAUUGCCGGUGUAAACGAGGCAUGAAGAAGGAGAAAAACUGUCUGCGUAUUUACUGGGGGAUCUACCAGACACUACAAGGUAACGACUUCUUGGAGGAUUCCCCGUAUGAACCCGUGAACAGCCGUCUUUCUGACAUUUUCCGCCUGGCUCCCAUCUUAGAAGGUGGGGAACCGUGGAUCGGCUCCACAGCUACAGAGCCGGGCAGGGUAGGGCAACAUGGUAGAGCGCCUGCUUUGAUUCACAGGAGCUCCACCUCCACGGACUCGCAAGCUCACGGUAGAAACAGAAGAGCUCAACCCCAGUUGGUGUCUUUUGGUAAUGGACCUUCAACCAUGUCUGUUUGCAUGUGUUAGCAUUUAAUUCCUUGUCGUCUCCUGCAUACUACCAAACUAGUUUGUUGCAAAUAUACACAUACAAAUAUUGGGUCAUAUAAUGAGUAAUGUAAUUAUAUUUUGUGUGAUUAACUUUACAGAAAGAUAGAGGUCCUGUAACCCUUCACUUCUGUUUUCCCUGAGAGAAAUACAUAGUAAAUACAGUAUAUAGCACUUUUGGAUUGUAUCAUUCACCGGGCAGUGGUGAUUUUUGUUUUAAAUUAUAUUUAUGUCAUGUUGGCAUCAAAUUAUAGAAACUGAGGCUUUACACAUUUAUAGAGUUAUAAAUUAAUUAUUGCGAUUAUUACCUAUAAUAAUUGUUAUAAUAUCGUGAUAGAUUCUCCGAAAAAAACAAUAGCACCAAGAAAAUCCAUAAUGGUUACGCCAUCCCGCCUCCGAGAAUAUCGUCAAAUUCACUAUCUGAUGAAGCCGGAUGUGAGUUGUUGUUGUCAUCGUAACAAUUCCGAAGGUGGAUCCUUCUGUGUUUCUUUGCUUAGUCAGCUGUGAAGUAGAUGUUUGACAUGUCCUUUGCUAGAGUUUCUAUAACGGAUUUGCUGCUAUCAGGAAAAACAAACCCCUGCAGAGGAGAUGGAAGAGUGGAGUGAAAAGUUAGUGAGAGGCAGCGGGCUUUGGUGUGAAGCCUAAGAGAGGGAUUAAAAAAAAAGAAUCUGUCACAUUGUGAUAUUUCAGCUAUGCCAUUGUAUCUUGGACUUCCAUUUUAAAGGCAAUUCAGUAUAUCUCAUUAGCUACAUUAGGGUUACGGUUAAGAAUUUCCUUCUUGGAUAUUAAUUCAUUAUAUAAUUAAAUAGCACAAAGGACAAAAUCUCUGACAGAAGUCAGAAAUCAA